ACUAGGCUUGUUCUUGUUAGCUUUUCUUGUUUAGCGAACUCGUUUUCUUAGAUAUUCGUUAUACAUUUUGUCAGACUGUGUAGAAAUGUUUUGCGUUUUGCCAACUCUGGGUCGAAGUAAGCCAAUAUUAGAGAGCUACUGAGCGAAGAAUGAGCGAAGUGGCAGGGAGUCCUCUUGUCUCCUAGCUUGGGAUCCUCCCAUCCCAGCUACCAACUCCUCUCCGCCUUGCGUUCCUCUUUUCACAUCUCUGUCAGCUCGCUCCGGUUAGUUCAGCAGGCUACUACGGAGAGACGAGGGCUGCUCCCCUUUCGCCUCUGCUCAGUCUGCUGCUCGGCACACCGACAACCGUACAUUCCCCCACCAUGGCUGCCACGGACGUUGACAUAUUUUCGAACGGACGGUAUAGAGCUGCCUCGAGGCAGGAGCAUCAGCCCCGGUUACAUGGAUAAUGAAGAGAAGCGGAGCCUCAGCUUGGGCGGCCAUGUUGGAUUCGACAGCCUCCCUGACCAACUGGUCAGUAAAUCGGUCACACAGGGUUUUUGUUUCAACAUUCUGUGUGUAGGGGAGACGGGCAUCGGAAAGUCCACGUUAAUGAACACGCUCUUUAACACCAUGUUUGAGAACGAAGAGGCGAGCCAUUACCAGAAUGGCGUGUACCUGCGGCCGAGGACAUACGAUCUGCAAGAGAGCAACGUCCACCUCAAGCUAACGAUCGUAGACACUGUUGGCUUUGGUGAUCAGAUCAACAAAGAGGACAGUUACAAGCCCAUCGUUGAUUACAUCGACACGCAGUUUGAAAACUAUCUCCAGGAAGAGCUGAAGAUCAAGCGCUCGCUGUUUAACUACCACGACACCAGGAUCCACAUCUGCCUUUAUUUCAUUGCCCCGACAGGACACUCCCUUAAGUCUCUGGACCUCGUCACUAUGAAAAAACUGGACAGCAAGGUCAACAUCAUUCCAAUAAUUGCCAAAGCAGACACCAUUUCCAAGAGUGAGCUCCAUAAAUUCAAAAUAAAGAUCAUGAGUGAGCUGGUGAGCAACGGCGUGCAGAUAUAUCAGUUCCCAACAGACGACGAAGCCGUCAGUGAGAUCAAUUCCUCCAUGAACGCCCAUCUGCCUUUCGCUGUGGUCGGAAGCGUUGAAGAGGUCAAAGUGGGGAACAAAACAGUGAGGGCCCGACAGUACCCCUGGGGUGUUGUGCAAGUUGAGAACGAGAGCCACUGCGACUUUGUCAAACUCCGAGAGAUGCUGAUCCGGGUCAACAUGGAGGACCUGAGGGAGCAGACGCACGCCCGCCACUACGAGCUGUACCGGCGCUGCAAGCUGGAGGAGAUGGGCUUCAAAGACACAGAUCCCGACAGCCAGCCGUUCAGUCUUCAAGAGACAUAUGAGGCCAAGAGAAAAGAGUUCUUGGGAGACCUGCAGCGCAAAGAGGAAGAAAUGCGACAAAUGUUUGUUAAUAAAGUCAAGGAAACUGAAGCAGAACUCAAAGAAAAGGAGAGAGAGCUGCACGACAAGUUUGAGCAGCUGAAGCGGAUGCACCAGGACGAGAAGAAGAAAGUGGAGGAGAAGAGGCGAGACCUGGAGGAGGAGAUGAACGCCUUCAACAGGAAGAAGGUGGCAGCCGAGACGCUGUCCUUAUCUCAGCCUCUCAAGAAAGACAAGGACAAGAAAAAUUAAUUUAUGGCCGCAGUACACCCAUCCACUCACGACCAUGGAUUUGUCCUCCAUCACCAUAGCAGCGGCAUCAUCUGGUUACUUAUGUUUUUUUUUGUUUGUUUCUUUUUGUCUGGCUUGUUUUUGAUUUUGUUUGUUUUUGACAUUCCAUCUUGACAUUGUGCACAUGGACCAAAGACACUGAGGAUGAUGAUGAUGGUGAAGCCUCGGCAGGGGAAAGAGUGAAAGAUGGUGAGAAAUAACAAAUGAAUGACGGAGAAACAUCCGCUCUCCACCAGUGGCCAUCUCAUUAAUUCAGGAUCUUUCUAUCUAUGUUGUUUGAAGACUUUUAUAUAUAGAUAUAUAAAUAUCUGCUUUUUGUUUUCUAAGUCGUGAUUUGAAUAUUUUCUGUUGGUUUUUGAAUGCGUGUGCGUGCGUGUGUGCGUGAGUGCGUGCGUGUUAGUGACACCAUCAACUGCCCACACAGACGAAACAUGAAGUCCCUUAAAACAUUUGCCCUUCUUGGUACUACAGCGUAACACAAAUGGGCUUAAAAAAAUAGAAUAAAAAGUGGAUCGAACAAAAGACUUGAAAUUCAAAUUCAGGAUUUCCCGAUAAUUAAAAUUCUCAAAUCCGUGGCUCAUUUUGAAACAUUGUGCAGGAAUGAUGUGUUUGCUAACGUUUUGUAGCCGAGUAGAAUAACCCCCUGUGUAGUUUCAGCCCAAGUAAAACAUUUAAGUAGCAGUAUUUAAAGCAAUAAUGGAGUACCCGUGCACAUAAGAACAUUUACAGAGGUACCGACCACCUAAACCUAGUCUUAAAAACCUAUGCAAUCUCCUGGUGCUGCAAGGCGGUAAUCGUAUGUGAAUAUUUUAGCUCUUACUAAACUCAAUAUGCAAAAUGUACAAGGUUUUAAGUAUAAUAUUAUACUAAGAAGCUCAAAUAAUGGAGACCAUUGUCUGUAAGUGAUUUAACGUUAUUGUAAACCAUGAGUGAAGCCAGUAAACAGGAUUCAGGAAGACAUUCAUGCCUCAGAGUCACACAGAGAAGAGAGAGCAGCUGUAUUUACUGUCUGUUUUUUUUUUUUUGUGAAAAAUAAAUGCAAACCCUCUCCUGUGAUGCUCCCUUUCUUGUGUGAUUUGUUUUGUCUGUUUUAAAAAAAAUAUUUUUA